ACCGCGCUCAGCCUCCUCACCAGCACCACUCGCUCUUUUCUGCACAGCAGCCGUCCGGUACCGCCCGCCCCAAACAUGAAGCUGGUGAUUGUCCUCUGCCUGGUGGCUCUGGCUUGGGCCGACAAGGACGCCACAAUCAUAAACCAGCAGUUCGAGAUCAACGAGGAUGGCUCCUACGAGGCCCAGCACGAAACCAGCAACGGCAUCCUGGCCGAUGAGAGCGGCGUCUCGUACCCGGGCAAUGAGCCGGAGACGGGCAGCUAUGCGAAGACUGGCUCCUACUCGUACGACUGGGAGGGCGUCACCUACACCGUCACCUGGACGGCUGACGAGAACGGAUACUCUGCCCAGGGCGACCACCUCCCCAAGUAGAGCCUUUUAUCCUCUCUCUCUCUCUGUUUUCUACGUCCCUUCGUCGUCUUUGUCCCGUGUCCCACCACCGCAAAAAAUUGUCUCUGUACACCAUGAGCGUUCGUGGUAGUCCCGCGUGUGAUCCGAAAUCAACAAUACAUUUUA